CCAGUUUAUUUAGAAUUUAAAUCUAAAUACUGCUUGUGUGGUACAGUAGUUGAAUGAUGUAAUCAUUUAAUCCAUAAUAGGUUCAUAAAGUUCAGAUUCAAAAUAUGUUUGAUAAUUACUUAUUUCAAGUACCAGUUUGUGUUUAACUAACGGCAGGCGUCCACAAGGCAUCAAUAACUUUCAUUACUAUUUUUAAAGAAUGGAUUACAUGUAUUAAUCGGAUUUAGAAACUCAAAAGUUGUCAAAAUAUUGGUCAUUGACAUCAGUAUAUCAAAAGUUUGCCGUACAAUAGAUUGUUUAAUCUAAAUUUUACGCUUUGAGGUAGAUUUCUUCGUCGGACAGCUUGACUUUAUGAGGAAUUUUUGUUAUCUUUAUACGGUCUUUUAUUGUAAAGGAAGUUAAUAUUAAAUUUGCCUUAGUUUCGAUUCAAUAAAUUACCGUUAUAAGCAUCGGCCCAGGUUUGCAGUCCCUGGUUCUAUAAUUCCAUCUUACCGUAUUUCAUUUACCUUUCUUUUCCGUUGUCGUUGAAUUUCAUUUUUGAAUACUAAUAUAAGGUCAAGAAAGAGAAGGUUAUAAAGUACCCAUAUAAUCCAAGAUUAGCAAUUACCGGAGUGGUUUAAUCCAUAUAGCUAAGGAAAUGAUUUGGUCAUUAUGUUGACAAUAUAUUUGCUGCAAGCGAAAUCAAACUAUGUUAGUUGAGUAAAGCUUUCGUGUUUCAAGGAAAUUUGUUUGACUAUAUACAGUGUAUCGGAGUUUACUUCGUGGGAUAACUGGGAUUUCUGUUGCACCAUGUAAAGGGUUCACAAAACAUGGAAAAGUCGAGUAAGAAAAAUAAUCCAAAUAACAACAAGGGUUCACAAUCACAGGGAAUCGGUCCAAAAGCAAACCGAACCACAGAAAGCAGUCCGGAAAAGCUGUCAGAACGGGAAGCUGUGGAGAGGUAUACGCCGGAAGCUAGACUCGGAUCGGUGGAGAGCGGUGCUCUGUAUGCCAUUGAUGAGACUGACAGCCGGGACAAGGAUAGCAAGGAUGAGCGGUCAACCACCCGAAUGUCCCUCCAGAGUGUUGAGCUCAGGAUCGCCACUGGAAGUCCUUUAGGAGGGACCACUAGCAGGCGGUCCUCCCAGGCGUCAUCCGUGACCAUCCGCAACGAGUCCAGGGUCACUAGAGUGGGAUCGGAGACAUCCAGGUCGGAAUCUACCACCCCAAGGGUAACAACACAGGGGAGACUGAAAAUCAAACAAGUCCACUGUGCAUGGAGCUCCACCACCCUGUCCUCAGCCGCGGCCACAGAAACCUCCGACGACCAGCUGGAUGACCACAUCAAUGUAGUCCUCAGGGUCCGGCCUCUGAAUUCUCAGGAACAGAACAGGAAUGACACGUUUUGUGCACAGUUCCAUGGAGGGGGGCGGCUGGAGAUUCAAAAUUUUAACCAGCCCAAGCAGUUUGGGUAUAAUGUGGUGUUCGAGCCUGAGGCGUCUCAGGAGGAUGUCUUUGAUAACUCGGGGAUGAAGAAGCUUAUUGACAUGGCUCUGAACGGGUAUGCCUGCACUGCGUUAGCUUUUGGUCAGACAGGAAGUGGGAAAACACACACCAUGACUGGGCCACCACAACAGCUAUAUGAGGAAGAGUUUGAGGGGGGUAAGCACCCUGACCCAGACAUGGUGGGGUUAAUGCAGCGCUCCUUUACCUACCUCCUCCAGCAGGCAGAGAGUGUGGCUGGCAACAAGGUCAUUAGGGCUUCCUACCUAGAAAUCUACAAUGAACAGGUGAUAGACCUGCUGAACCCCAACCAGAAGCGCUACCUCCAGGUCCGGUGGUCCAAGAACAAGGGCUUCUAUGUGGAGAACCUGUUUGUGGCCGAGUGUGAGAGUGUGGAUGACCUGAUGGCAGUGCUAGAAGAAGGUAUGAGGAACAGACAGACAGGCUCACACGGCCUGAACGAGUUCUCCAGCAGAAGUCACAGCAUGUUGACCCUGACCAUCGACACAGAGCAACAGGAUCCAGACGAUGAAAACCUCUACCUGACCAAACGUGGGAAACUCACAUUUGUAGACUUAGCAGGCAGUGAAAAGGUGAAAGACUCUGAGUCUAGUGACAUGACCUUGAAAGAGUCCAACAAUAUCAACAGGAGUCUUCUGGUGCUAGGAAAUUGUAUAUCAUCACUUGGUGAUCCGAAAAAGAGGCAGGGUCAUAUUCCAUACAGGGACAGCAAACUCACAAAGCUUCUAGCAGACAGCUUAGGGGGUAACGGAGUGACUCUGAUGAUUGCCUGUGUUACCCCAUCUUCCCAUCAUGUUCAUGAGACUAUCAACACUUUACGCUAUGCCAGUCGAGCCAAGAAAAUUAAAACAAAACCCAUUGUCAAAAUGGACCCCAGAGAGAAGUUAAUUCUGAGUUUGAAGCGGGAGAUAAAGAUAUUGAGGAAUGAGAACGGAUACCUGAGGCAACAGCUAGAGUUUCCGGCAAAACCCAAAGGAGAGCUACAGAAAUCCAAUGACGAAAAAUUCAUGAAGUUUCUAAAGACACAAGGAAAAGAAACAAAUGAUCCAAAAACCAAUGUAAAGGGAGGUACUGAGGAAGGUCUCUAUGAGAUGUUGCAAGAAUACAUGAUAGAGAAUGAAUCUCUCAGGACAGAGAACUCCGAGAUGCAUCAAGCCAAAGACAAGGUUAAGCGAGAACAACAGUUGAUGUACAGAGAGAACGAGAGACUGACAAAGGUUAUUGAGAAACUGGAGAGAGAGAUAAAUGGUCGGUCGGGCGGUGGAAAUGGAGGCUGGCAGAGACAGCCCAAUGGACCCCCUCCCCAGAGACAGGUCAACGGGCCUCCCCCUCCCAGGCAGGUCAACGGCCCACCCCCUCCCAGACAGUCAGGUGGACCACCCCCUCACCAAAACCUUCCACCAGAGCAGUAUUAUGAUCAGGGACCACCACCUCCCCGUCAGGGAGGGAACAAACCCCCACCAAACAACCAGUGGAAGGGGACACCACCUCAACGCCCAAUCAAUAACAGGCCUCCGCCGGAUCAAUAUAUUCCUGGCCCCUCUCCACAGGCUGGAAGGGGUAAACAGUCCACCCCUCCUGGAGGACCAAAGCGCCCACCUCAUCGGCUCGCUGAUCCCAUUGCAAGAACAGCCAAUAUUCCCCCAGAAUACAUUCAGAAUGGAAUUGGAGGUUACCCUGACGAUGGAUAUAUGUCACCAAGGGGACGACCUUCUCCUCUCCACAAUGGACCAAUCAGACAAGGUGCUGUAAGCAGUUUACUUCAAGAUUUACGCUCCGGGAGAUUCUCACAAUUCUCCGCUGGUCAUCGUAAUCUGCAUCAAAUGCAUAAAAUUGGUUACAGUAUGCCUAACUUGUCCUCUCGUGAAACUCACACGGCAGAUGUAGGCUUCAGUUCUGCAUCUAAAACUCCCUAUGUUCGUAAAAUCCACACAGCCAUUGACAUCUUCCUUGACGAGGAGGAUGACAGAUUUAGUAGAAUUGAGUCACCAGCUCGCUACAAUGAUAGUCGCCGGUCUUCCCAAGUCUCCACUUCAGAUUCCAUAAGGAGUAUGAAUGCGAAGUUAAAACAAGAAAUUUAUGAUCUAGAGGGUGAAAUAGAACAUCAUCAUAAUGUGAACCAGCGGGCAAAAAGUAUUUACGGCUCUCAGGCCUCGAUGCGAUCCGGGCCUCGAUGACGAACUCCAAUUAUUCUGUGCUUUAAUUCCUUAACGAUACAGGCCAAAUACUUACAGUAUGGCAGAUAAAGUGCAUUCUGUUUAUUGUAUACCAAAGAUUUUCCUGGAUCAUAUAAGGAUCUGGAUUCCUGUGGUAACUAGAUGUUUCCUUGGCAACCGGAGACACCGGGUCAGUCGGGAGACAAUGUCGGGGAUGUUCAUCAGUAGAGUAGAACAGAGACUUCAAAAUAAGGUUUAUCCCAGAUCCAUUCCCGCAUGGAGACUGUUCCAGUGUUGAGGAUGUCUGGAUACCACUUGUCAAAAUGAUUCCGCCCAUGGAUGUCUGGAUACCACUCGUCAAAAUGAUUCCGUCCAUAUUUAUUUUCAUUUUACAUACUUCAGACUGGGAGAGUGUCAAGGGACAUAACUUUGACAGAAUUGAUGUGAACUUAUCAAGGGCUUUCUUCAUAUUCCGUCCAUUUUAUAAGAUUACAUGUUGAAGUUAUACAGGUACAUGUAAAUACUUGUAUACUUUAAGUUGUAAUUUUGUUGAGUUUUAUAAGUUUAUUCUUGUUAUUUGUGUUUUUAAACCAUUUUAAAAGAUUUGUUUAAAUUUUUGCAACUGGAGAAGAUAUGAUUGUAUUAUUGCUGCUCAGUAAAGAGUCUUUUUCAUACAUGUACACUUCACACUGUAAAUGUUCAUUUUGUUUAUAUGAAUGGGUGCUGAGUAGGCAGGAGUAGUGUCAGCUAAAUCACGAGGUAUAAAACAUGGAGAAUUAUUCCAAGAUAAACUUCAUGAAUCAUAUACUGUUGAAAGUCAAAUUUUGUUUCUGUUUGUUCUUGACUUUUAAAUACCAAGUAAUAAUCAAAAGUUCUCACUACAAAUACAUGUAUUUCAUUGUUAAGUCUUAUGAUCAGUACAUGUAUUAUAAGUGUACAACUAAUGUUCAGUAGUACAAGUACUUAAAUACCCACAUUUCCUGGACAGCAUGAUUAAUACAUGUAAUAAUGUAAGGCUCACAAAAGCCAGAUUGUAGUUUGAAUGGUCUGAGAGGUUGAUCACAUGUUGUCUUACUUCCAUUGUUUGAUUUGGCAAGUUAUUUAUUUAUGUGUGUAAGAUUGUUCAUCAGGUGCUGGUCAGGACUCUGACUUGGUGGUAUAUUAACAAUAGAAAUCUGGAUUUAUCACAAGACUUCACAGACUCAGCUAUGUGCUGUUAUUUAUAUCAGAUUCUUCAAAAUUAGAAUACAUCACAAGGAACAAUAAAAGAAUGAAAACGA